AUUAAGUGUGCCUGAAAGUACACCUUUCACAGCUGUCUUGAAGUUUGCUGCAGAAGAAUUCAAAGUUCCUGCAGCAACAAGUGCCAUUAUAACAAAUGAUGGUAUAGGAAUAAACCCCGCACAGACAGCAGGAAAUGUAUUUCUAAAGCAUGGUUCAGAUCUACGGAUUAUUCCCAGAGAUCGAGUUGGGAGUUCUUAA